AUGGACAAGAAGCUGGACCUGACCCGUCUGACGGACGAGGAGGCCAAGCACGUCUGGGAUGUGAUCCAGCGAGACUUCAACCUGAGGAAGAAGGAGGAGGAGAGGCUGGGGCAACUGAAGACCCAGCUGGAGAAGGAGGACAACAAGAGGGAGCUGCUGACCUCUCAGUCCAGCCUGACGGAGUCUCACUGCAUCCACUGCCUGCAGCCCUUCAAGUUCCUGGUCAACAGCAAGCGCCAGUGUCUUGACUGCGGCCUCUACACCUGCAAGUCCUGCAGCCGCUACAGCAAGAAGGACCACGGAUGGGUGUGCGACCCUUGUCGCAUGGGCAGGCUCCUGAAGAUUGGAACACUGGGGUGGUACCAUGACAACGUGCGCACCCGCUUCAAACGUUUUGGCAGCGCCAAGGUGAUGAGGUCACUGUACAAGAGGCUGAAUGGAGAACGGCCCCGAGAGGACGACACCAUCAGCAUGCCUGAAGUCCGCAGUGCUUAUAACGGUCACCAUGAAGAGGACUUCAUAGACCCGACUGAAGCUCAGCGAUGCAGAAUGCUGAGGAAAAACAAGCGCCUUCUGUCUGUCCACCCGAUGGACUUUGAUGUGGAGGAGUACAUGGUCAACUCUCGCCGGCAGUCUGUGCAGUACAUUCAUGAGGAGAGAGGCUCUCGCAACGACCUGGACUACAGUGCAGACAUGUACCACCAACAACGCAUGAACCGCAGGAAGAGCCUGGACAGAUACACACGACCCGACGAUGGCUAUGCGGAGCACAGGAUGGUGCGUGCGCGCUCCCUGUCCAAGAUCAGCGGGCCGGUGCCCCAGCGGCAGGUGUACCUGGACACGUCGGAGGAGGAGGACGCCUUCCGCUACCCCGUCUACCAGCUGCCCCCCCGCCGCCGCAGCAGCAGAGCCUCCUCUCAGGAGAACAUCAACCAGCCCCCACCGAUUAACGAGCUGAGCAAGCGCAUGUCUGCUAUCGAGAGCCUCCUGAAUCGACUGGAGGAGAAGAUCCCUUCACCCCCUGAGCCUCCGCGCGGCUCGUCGGGGAACCAGCACGUGGAGGCGGAGAAGCUGAGGAGGAAGCUGGACGAGCUGAUGAGCGACCGGGCGCUCUCGUCCGACGAGGAAGACUCCGGCAAGAGAAGCACCCAGCCGAGAGGCGCUGGGAUGAAGGGUGCUCCGCUGGUGCCCCCGACCUCAGAGCUGGCCGAGUCCAGCUCCUCCAGUGACGAGCCUACAGAGGCUCAGAAGAGAUCGUCUGCCGCCGCCCUUUGUGACAUCACCACUCAGGUUCUAAGAACCAUUAACGCGACAGAAAGCGCAAUGGCCGAGUUGAACCCCUCACUGGCCACAAGCCUCACUGGCCCCUCACAAGACAGAGCUCAGUUAGCGGGGGCGGAUGUCAGGCAAGCAGAUGAGACUUACAGAGAACUUGAGGAGAAUGUGUACCUGGCAGCAGGGAAGUCCUUCGACAUGGAGAAGACACUGGAGGACCUGGAGCACAACACCAGGAACCAGUACGGCUGCAUGACGGACUCGGAGCUGUCCGAGCUGGAGGACCAGGUGGCCAAGGCGGCCGCCAAGGUCCAGUCCACGGAGAGCGAGGUGUCGGACAUCGAGAAUAGGAUCGCGUCCCUCGACACUACGGGACUUACCACAGAGAGGUUAAAGGUCAAAAAGGACACCCCUAAACCUAAACCGACCCCAACAUAG